AUGAGAGAUGAAGAGAAGGCACAGUGGAAGAAGAGGCCUAACCAGGAUCUGUGUGGAUGUACACACAAGGCUGAACUGGCAAACUCUGGACCCAAAGGUGCAGCCCUGCAACGGGCACUACACAGUGGAUAUGACAGUUUGGAGGUAGUGGAGGUUUGGUCGGCUGGUUUCAGGUAUCUGAUGUGUUCUGCCAUGGAGGUUUCCAUGCUGGUUCCCAGUUUGCUGCUGCUUCUGGCUGCCAGUGUGUGUGAGGGCCUGGAGGCUGCAGACCGACUUGAAUCUGCGGUUUCACCUGAGGACCACGGCACUCGCCUUCGCGGCCUCUGGAGGCUGCACAUGAAGGAGUCAGUGUCAAAAGGAAAAGGUUUUCCUCCUUAUCCAAUCAGAGGAGCGGUCAAACAGCAGCUGCUUUACUGCCGUGUUGGGAUCGGCUAUCAUCUGCAGAUUUUACCUGAUGGCUCUGUGGGCGGGGUCCACAACCCCACUGAGUACUGCUGGCUGAAGGUGUUUGCCAUGAAGCAUGGUGUAGUGGGCAUCCGAGGAGUCAAGAGCGGCUUGUACCUCUGUAUGAAAGGGGAAGGAAUCGCAUAUGGAGCGGAGCAGUUCUCUGAUGACUGCCUGUUUAAGGAGAACCUGGAGGAGAAUCACUACACCACCUACUCCUCUCUGUCUCACCCAGGCCUCUACCUGGCACUGUCCCACAAAGGAGAGGUCAAGAGGGGCACCAACGUGGGGCGCCACCAGCCCUGCACUCACUUUCUUCCUCGCAGGACACGCUCAUCAGAGUCCACCAACCAGGGACCAGGGUCCAAGCCUUAG